CGUCGCAUUAGCUACACGCGUUUUUCUCAAAUCGUGCUUUUUUUUGUGAAAAAAUUAAAUUAAAUUUAAUUUAAUUAAAGAUGUUUUGCGACACAAAUCCGGUUGGCAGUGCGUGCAGCUAAAAUGAUUUGAGAAUAGCAGGGCAUACGUUGCGUCUCUGGCUGUACAACUCAAGCAUUUUGAAACCAAAUGAGUGCGUUUGCUUGCAGGCGAAUGCCAUAGCUGGGUAUCUCGCGCGCGCGUGUGUGUGUGUGGUGUAUAAAAGAAUUGCAAAAGAAAAAAACAAGACGAAAAAAAAAAACGAAGCGAUUGUAGGACGAAAUCAAACAGGCAGGCGGUAGGGCAAAGCAAAAAGGAAAAUAGCAAAAACGCUCUUAGCGCGGCGUGCGGUUAGUGUGUUAUCCGGCGCAGCGCCAAGCGUGGAUCCAAGCAGAAACCCAAGCAACAGCAGUCGGCAGGCAGCGGCCUCCGCCAAGCUAAAAAAAUAUAUAUAUAUAUGUAAAAAAAAGAACCCCCCGCCCGUUUUGCCAUAUUUGGUUCACUGACGAAAUUGAGUCCGCAAUAAACAUAAUCCUCAUUUGAUCGAGACGUGAAAAACGAACAAUUUACCACAUACAUAUGCACAUACAUCAUAUAUGUACCGAAUUUUCUUUACAAUUUAUAAUCCCGAUGUGAAUCUCAUUUAACCGCGUCUCUUGUGCUUGCAGAGGAAUAUACAUAUAUUUGCCGUGUGAUGGAUGGAUAAAUAAAUAAAUACAUUCAGAGCUGCUGCACUUUCUGGCGCCAAAGUGCAAAGACACACAAAAAAAAGAUCGAGAGAAAAAAAUUUAAAAGAAAAAAAAUCGCCGCGUGUGUGGAAUCUCGUCGACAGAAAACCAAUACAGUGACACGGCGUGCGUAACACACACACACAUUGAACACACUCACCCAGGAUUGCAACAGUGUGUUCCGUUUAUAUUUCUUUUUUUAUUUUUUAUUGUUGUUUUGCGCGUUAGCGCGUGUGUGUGGUGUGUGUGUGUGGGCGUGUGUUAGUUUCUUUUUGGUUAGUUUUCAUUUUGUGUGUCGUGCCGUGUUUCAUCGCCGGCUUAAAAUCCAAUAAUGUCGGAUAAUGAGGAUAGUCCACACCAAAAUAACCAAACAAAAAAACAACUGCAGCUGCAACGAAACCAAGCCACAACAUUCAGCACGAGAUCGGGAGGGAGCACACAUCCGCUCACGCCACUUCAGGAAGCGACCGAGGCCGAGGAGGGGGCCGAAGAUGAUUCUGCUGCCGGCACACCCCUCGUCUCCCGCAAAUCUCUCAUGGGAAGGGUGAAGCUGCGCGUUUCAAAUAUCCUGCCAUCGUCAUGGUUCUCGCCAACCUCCAAGGCGGCCUUGGAGGCCGAACAGGAGCAACAGGAGCAGCAACAACAACAACAACAACAACAACAGAAUGGAACAGGAACAACGGGAACAACGUCUCUAACGAAAAGGAAACGUGGACGCCGUCGCAUAGAGCUGGCCGAACCAGAUGGCGAGGAUUCACCCGCUGGAGGCCUGCUACCCGAUGUGGAUGAUGGUGCCGCUGCACGAGGUCUGGACUACGAGGAGGUGGCCCUGGCCGACAACAUAGCCGAGCAUGACUUGGUUGCCGAGGAUGAGCAGACGCGACGCAGCGAAUACAAUGUGUUCCUCUUGCGCAAACGGCGCGCUGCGAUUGCCGCCGAUGAUGAUUUUGAUGAAGAUGACGACGAUGUGGGAGAUGGUGACGAAGAGGAGGAGGAGGAUGACGAUGGUCCAGCACAAGCGUCCAUCUCUGCCCCGACUAAGCGUCGACGUGUGGAACUGGAGAUAAGCGUCAAUUUGCCAAGCAUGCGGCGACUGCCAUUGCCACUGGUUUCCUCUACGCCCGCCGCUGUCGCUUCCGGCGGCCAACUAUUCACCUCAGGCAACUCUCAGGUAGUGGAAGGCACCCGCAGCCAUAGCCGUGGCUCCAAUCCGGGUGGCGUUGCCCCGCAUCGUCGCACCCACUUGAACCUCUAUCACCAGCGGCAGCAUCGUGAGUCGGGCUACAAUUUCUUUGCGGGCAACGAGACGGCCGCCGAGGCCACCACAGGAGAUCUGCCAGUCAGUAUACGUCGAUCGCUGAACAUACCAGCCAUAGAGCAUCCACGCAGUCGCAGCUUCAGCUUUGGACAAACGCAAACUAGCAGCAAUUUGUCCGCCAUGCCAUUGGCUAACCACAAGAGACCCCCUCUGCUGGUGGGGCAGACGGCCACGGCCCGUGAGACAUGUCGCGAUGUGGUACAGUCGGAGAAUGAGCGGAUUGAGCGGCUGCUGAAUAUCUGCAAAUCCAAUAAUAAUAUCAGCAGCAGCAACAACAACAACAUUAUCAAAUCGAAGAGAGGCGCCGCCACAGCGACAGGCGCAUCAGGAGCAGCAGAUUUGGAGAGCGAACUGAAUGAAUAUCCGGAGGGAGUAGAGGGUGGCGACUCCUAUCCCUAUCAUCACAACAGCAACAGCAAUCUAUCGUUCUAUGGGAAUUUGCAGAGCGCAAAGUCAAUAUUUACACGCGGCUCGGCCCAGCCGCCGCACCACAACUCGACUUGUUCGCUAAACUCGCUUAACAAGCGGCAGCGCUUCAAUGCCUCCAUUUAUGGCAGCUCCUCGGCAUUGAGCGACAGCCGGCUGUUGACACGCAGUGCUUCCGCCUCGGCCUGUGGGUCCGGUUCAACAUCUAGCUCGCCCUUCUACAAGGGCCAGACCACAUUCGGCGGCAAUUCGGCACACAAUCGCAUCUUUGGGCAGAGUGCUGUUGGUGGUGGUUCCUCCUCCUCGUUGGCCAUGAACUCUGGAGGCAGUUCGCCGGCCGCCCAUCAGGUGACAUCGGCAGUUGGCAGUCCCGCCAAUGCCGGUUACGGCGGCAUGAAGCCAUUGGCCAUGCAACCCAGCAGCAAUCAACCCAUCAUCAAGCAACCAGAGAUAACAAACGAAUCGGUCGUGGACAGCAUGUCCCUCUCAAGCACCACACGUCGCAUCCUGAGCCUGCUGGAGAGCUACUCCACGCCACUGAUUGAUGUUAAGCGGCUUGGCAACACCCUAAAGGAGCAGCAGCAGCUGCAGCGUAGCACCAGCAAUCCCUAUAGCCGGCCCAAUCGUUCUAUGCUGCACACAGACCAGCAACAGCAGCAGCAAAAUCAGCAGCAACAGCAGCCACAAAGUCUGCUGGCACCCACCAUGCAGCACAUACUCGAACGACGUCGCCUGCAUCGUGUCAGCCAGUGUUCGAAGGAUUUGCUCUUGAAUUACAAGCCAAAUGCAUCAUCGGCCGGUGGGUCCACCUCAAUGGCCCUGGCGGCUCUGCCAGCCCGUCACACCAAUAAUAAUAACAAUAAUAGUCACACGAACAAGAUGCGUUCCCGACUGAGUCAUCAGUCGGCGCGCAAGGAGCCGCGCGAAGAUACCGAACUGGCACCCGAACCACUCGACUUGCCGACGAUCAACUUCCCGGCCAUGGCAAAUACACCGACAUUUGAUUUGGUCAUCAAGCCGCCGCCGCCAACGAUGCCAUUGGUGGCAGCGAACACAACGGCGGAUCUUCAGAUGCGUCCCAAGCCGCCCCAAACAGCAUUCCCUAUGCCUGCGGUUAAUUUUGUGUGUGCCAAUGUGAAUUCUGGAGCAGCAGCACCAGCUACAGCUGCAGCUCAUGCUGCGUUUCAGCCUAGCAGCGUAUCAGGACGUGGCUUCGAUUUUGGAGAACCCAUACCCAUACUGGAGGAAAGUGCAAGGAUUCAAGGUGGAACUGCACAUCAAACGAGGAUCACGCGCGAUUUCUCCUUUACAGAGCCAGCUUCAUUGGAGAGGCAGCAGCAGCAACAGCAGCAAGAGUCUCUGCCAUUUAUGAACGGCCCCACCACCGCAGCAGCUGCACAUAAUCCAAGCAGCAGCCAGCAGCAAGUAUCAUCCGUAUUCACACUGGGAGUGGGAGUGGAAGGAGGCUUUAGCCAGCAGUUUAAAAAAUCAGCCACUGAAUGGGAGUGCGAUGUGUGCAUGAUCAGAAAUAAGUCGGAGCUGGUUAAGUGUGCAGCAUGCGAGACGCCAAAGCCUUCCAAGACUACUCUACCAGCUGCAGCUCCAGUUCCAGCUACAGUCCCAUUCACGGGUGCCAGCGGGUUCGGAGAUCGUUUCAAGAAGUCUUCGAGUGCCUGGGAAUGCGACACGUGCAUGGUAUCCAACAAGAAUGAGGCCAACAAGUGCGUGGCCUGUGAGACGCCACGCCCGGGAGCUGCUACAGCGGCCAGCAAGACCACCACCACCACCGACUGUUUCUCAAUUACAAACAGCCCGGGAUGCGGCUCCGGCUCUGGCUCUGGCUUCGGAUCGGGUUUCUCUACAUCCAGUUCGAGUUCCGGAUUUGGGCAGGCCUUCAGGCCCAAGGCCAACACAUGGGAGUGCCAGACAUGCCUGGUGAUGAAUCAGACGACAGCCGUCGAGUGCGUCGCCUGCCAGUCGCGCAAUCCCAAUGCCAGCAGCGAGUCCAGCUCGAGCUCCUCCACAAGUAAUCCUCCAACCAAUGUCUCUUCAAGCACCAGCAGCAGCAGUAACAUCACCAGCUUCAAGUUUGGCUUCCCCCCAGAGCAGCAGCAACAGAAACAGCAGCAGCAGCAGACGGGAGUUAAACAGGAUGCCGGUUUCCAGCACCUGGUGGCUGCCCAGAAGGCAGCCAGCUGGGAGUGCGAGACGUGCAUGGCUAUGAACGACCAGUCACUCUCCAAGUGCUGCUGCUGCGAGCAACUGAGGCCGGGAGCCGACGACUGCAAAUCCUCAUCCAACGCCACUCACCCUGUGCCCACGUUUACGUUCGGUUUUGUGCCAAAAGCAAAGGAAGCAGCACCAGUCCAGCCAGUACUGUCAGUCCAACCGGCUGCCGUCCUGUCCACAUCGAACAUCGCUGCUCCUCAGUUCUCGUUUGGCUUUGGCCAGAGCAAGGAUGUGGCAGACAGCAAGAACGCUUCAAUGGGAGGAUUCAAGUUCGGAGCCCCAGCCACCACCACCAGCAGUCAGGAGGAGGCAAAGUCGAUCGAUCUAAGGGCUAUGCCGACGGCCACAAAGGCCACAUCCACCACGGGAACCGAGACGGCAGCAGUUGUUCCAGCAGCGGCUCCCCCUAGCCAAUUUUCAUUCAGAGCCCCCACCACCACCACAUCGACAGUGCUGUCAUCCAGCAGCGACGCUUCCAUCGCUCCCGCUACCGGUACCGGUACCGCCGCUGCCGCUGCCACUGUCACGAGUCAAGUGUUCAGCUUUGGUGCCCCGUCAUCAUUACCUUCAUCAUCAUCGGCCGUGUCCAGUUCGACGCAUACUUCGGGCAGCAACUCCAGCGCCACCAGCGUGAUCAGCUCCAAUGUGAAGCCAAUGUUUAGCUUCAGCGCUGCCGUCUCUGCCUCUGGCUCCGCCACGCCCAGCGGCGUUAGCAGCAGCACAAGCCAACAGCCGACGGUGACGACGGCAUCCGUGGGCUUCUUUGGGGCUGGGACCACCACCAAUCCAGGAGGACCAGCCACAACAACUAGCACAUCGUUUGCAGCAACACCGGCUCCAGCAUUGGUUCCUGCUGCUGCUUCUGCUGCAGCGCCAACGCCAGCGGCAGGCUUGUUCAGCUUUGGCAGUGCAUCUUCAGCUAGCUCCACGACAAAGCUGGCCCCCAGCAGCAACAGCAGCACCUUCUUCUUUGGCCAGACUCCGACAUCGACGGCAGCGCCGAGUUCAAAUGCGACGACCUCCAUCUUUGGCGCAGCAGUAACAUCAGUAGCCUCGGGUAAUAAUAACAGCACGUCCAUUAGCUUCAGCAGCAGCACCAACGCAGCCUCAACUGCUGCGCCAGCCGCAGCUGCAGCUCCAACUCCGGUGACGUUUAGCUUUGGGGAGAAGAGAGCGGCAUCGGGUGCUCCCGCAAACAGCCUGACAAAGCCCGUAAGCUUUGGCUGGCCCAGUCCCAGUGCCAGCGCUAGCCCCAUACCCAGUAAUGGCAGCAUAGCUCCGGCCACCGCCACAGCCACUGACAGCAGCAGCACCACCACCAACCUCCCGACGGUGGUGUCCAGCAACUCUGUUUUCGGCAGUGGAUUUGGGUCAGCUUUCGGCAGUACAUCGACCGCCAGCACACCAGCAUCAACGCCGGCAGCUGCGACUUCAGCUUUUGGCGGUAAUGGAGCACACCCCAGCACGGGUUUCGGCUUUGCGGGUAACUCGAUAGCAUCCCAAUCUUCGCCUGCGCCAGCGCCCUCAUCAGGCCCGGCUCCUAUAUUCAACAAUGCCAUCGCGCCUGCCUUUGGUGGCAGCAAUGGGGGUGGAGGUGGAGGAUUCGGCGGCGGAAGCAAUGCAACAGCUGCAAAGCCAGCAUUUAACUUUGGAGGCUCCUCGGCUCUUUCCCAGUCGGCGGGCACAUCUGGACCCUUCAACUUUGGUGGUGGCGGCGGCACCGGGGCCAAUGCGACGUCCACAAAGCCGGCCUUUAAUUUUACGGGCUCGGCUACUGUGUCCGCCGCAGCAGCAACACCACAGGCGACGACUACCUUUAACUUUUCCGCCAGUUCGGCGAUUGCCAAUCCCCUAGCAUCGGGCGAUUCAACGCCAAAUGCCAACGCACCGUUCCAAUUUAGUGCCGGUGCUCCGGCGCCAGCCAAUAUGUUCGCCUUCAAUCCACCGCCAGCUGGAAACGCCGCCCAGAAUUCACAGAUGGUGCGCCGCAAGAUGCGCGCCCCCGUGCGCCGUUUGCCGCCACGGUAGAAGUGGCA